AUUUCCGGUCCAUAAUUCUUCUGGCUCGGCGGCUCCAGGGCUGAGGGACACUUUCUUGUUCCGCGUGCUUCGCUGUGACCAGCUGCCGGGAUCUGUGAGGAGAGCGGGGCGAGCUCGGAAUCCGCUAUGGAUACAGUGACCUAUGAGGAUGUGCAAGUGAACUUCACCCAUGAAGAGUGGGCUUUGCUGGAUCCUUCCCAGAAGAGUCUCUACAGAGAUGUGAUGCUGGAAAUCUGUGAUAAUCUCACUGCUAUAGGCUACAAAUGGGAGGACCACAAUAUUGGAGAACGUUGUCAAGUUUCUAGAAGACAUGGAAGGUAUAUCAUCUGUCACUCUGGAUAUAAACUAUGUGAGCAUAAGGGAUCUGGAAAGAAGAUAGGUACCUCUCUCUCACCCAGAAAAAUCAAAAGAUAUGCAGUGGUUAACACUAUGAGUAGACAGUGUGAUUGUGAAACAAGUAUAGAAUUAACUGGAUUCCCAACUUCACUGGAAAUACACCAACAUACUUGCAAUGGAGAAAAGCCUUAUGAGUAUACAGAACUUGGAAAUUUUUCUGUCUGUACUGGGUCAUGUUGCCCAUUUAAUGUGACUCCCACUAUAGGAAAGUGUUAUGAAUGCAAUCAGUGUGGUAAAGCUCUCAGUUAUUCCAGUACUUUUCAAAGAAAUGUAAAAACUCAUAUGAAAAAAGGAACAGAUAAAUGUGAGCCAUGUACUAAAGGCGUGAACCAUCACAGGUAUCUUGAAACAUGCAAAAGAACCCAUAAAGAAGAGGAAUCUUAUGAAUGUAAGCAACAUGAUAAAACAUUUAGAUAUGAUUGCCCUUUAAAGUUACAGCAAAGAACACAUUUGAAAAUUAAACCCUAUGAAUAUAAUCAAAGUUUUAAAGCUUUUGCAUGUCAUAGUUAUCUUCAAUUACCUAGAACUAAUGCUAUAAUAAAACAGUAUGAAGAAAAGCAAUGUGGUAAAACUUUUACAUAUCCCAGUAUUAUUAAACAACAUGAAAGAAGUCAUACUGGUGAGAAAUCCUAUGAAUGUAAUCAAUGUGGUAAAGAAUUUGCACAAAAAAGUCAUCUUCUCAAUCAUGAAAAAAGUCAUAUUGGAAAUAAACCCUAUGAGUGCAAUCAAUGUGGUAAAGCCUUUUCAAGUAAAAGUCAUCUUCACAGUCAUGAAAGAAUUCAUAGUAGAGAGAAACCCUAUGAAUGUAAUCAAUGUGGUAAAGCAUUUGAAUGGAAAAGUCUUCUUCACAGACAUGAAAGAAGCCAUACUGGAGAGAAACCCUAUGAAUGUAAUCAAUGUGGAAAAGCCUUUGCAAGUAAAAGUCAUCUUCACAGUCAUGAACGAAUUCAUAGUGGAGAGAAACCCUAUGAAUGUAAUCAAUGUGGUAAAGCAUUUGCAUGGAAAAGUCCUCUUCACAGACAUGAAAGAAUUCAUACUGGAGAGAAACCCUAUGAAUGUAAUCAAUGUGGUAAAGCAUUUACAUAUAAAACUGAUCUUCACAGUCAUGAAAGAAUUCAUAAUGGAGAGAAACCCUAUGCAUGUAAUCAGUGUGGUAAAACAUUUCCAUAUAAAAGUCAUCUUUACUAUCACAAAAGAAUUCAUAGUGGAGAGAAACCCUAUGAAUGUAAUCAGUGUGGUAAAACAUUUGCAUGGAAAAGUGAUCUUCACAAUCAUGAAAGAAUUCACACUGGAGAGAAACCAUAUGAAUGUAAUCAAUGUGGAAAAGCCUUUACAUGUAAAGGUCAUCUUCACAGUCAUGAAAGAAUUCAUGUUGGAAAGAAACUUUAUGAAUGUAAUCAAUGUGGUAAAGCAUUUGCAUGGAAAAUUUCUUUUCACAGACAUGAAAGAAGUCAUACUGGUGAGAAAUCCUAUGAAUGUAUUCAAUGUGGUAAAGAAUUUUCCCAAAAAAGUCAUCUUCUCAAUCAUGAAAAAAGUCAUAUUGGAAAUAAACCCUGUGAAUGCAAUCAGUGUGGUAAAGCCUUUUCAAGUAAAUAUCAUCUUCACAGUCAUGAAAGAAUUCAUAGUAGAGAGAAACCCUAUGAAUGUAAUCAAUGUGGUAAAGCAUUUGAAUGGAAAAGUCUUCUUCACAGACAUGAAAGAAGCCAUACUGGAGAGAAACCCUAUGAAUGUAAUCAAUGUGGAAAAGCCUUUGCAAGUAAAAGUCAUCUUCACAGUCAUGAACGAAUUCAUAGUGGAGAGAAACCCUAUGAAUGUAAUCAAUGUGGUAAAGCAUUUGCAUGGAAAAGUCUUCACAGACAUGAAAGAAUUCAUACUGGAGAGAAACCCUAUGCAUGUAAUCAGUGUGGUAAAACAUUUCCAUAUAAAAGUCAUCUUUACUAUCACAAAAGAAGUCAUAGUGGAGAGAAACCCUAUGAAUGUAAUCAGUGUGGUAAAACAUUUGCAUGGAAAAGUGAUCUUCACAAUCAUGAAAGAAUUCAUACUGGAGCGAAACCUUAUGAAUGUAAUCAAUGUGGUAAAGCCUUUACACGUAAAAGUCAUCUUCACAGUCAUGAAAGAAGUCAUAAUGAAGAGGAACCUUAUGAAUGCAAUCAAUCAACGCAGUACAGCAUUUACAUGGAAAAGUGACCUUCACAGCCAUGAAUGAAAUCACAUUGGAGAGAAACCCUAUGAAUGUAAUCAAUGUGGUAGAGAUUUUCAUGGAAAGGACUUCUUCGCAUUCAUAAAAGAAUCAUACUGGAGACAAAGUCUAUGAAUGCAAUUAAUGUUGUAAAGCAUUCGCUUAUAACAGUCAUCUUCACACCUAAUGAAAGAAUUCAUAGUAGAGAAAACCCUAUCAAUGUAUUCAAUGUGGUAAAGCUUUUACAUAAUAUCCCAGUGUUCUUAAACAACAUGAAAGAAAUCAUACUGGAGAGAAGGUCUAUUAAUAUGUUAGAGCAUUUAUAUAAAAAGUCAUCUUCACAGGCAUGAAAAAAUACAUCCUAGAGAAAAAUCCCUUGAACCUUAUAAAUCAGGUAAAGCUUUGAACACCAGGCACAGAAUCUAUCAUUUUGGAGAUGCCAGUACCAUGCAGUGUCCACCAAGACCAUCAGCAGUGGUAAAGUGGAUCCAGUAAGAGCCUCGAAGUUAUGUGUACUGCAGAGCGCAGAGCCAAAGAAGUGACCCAAGCCCUUUGGAGAAUCCCUGAAGAUUCUGCAUGGAUCCCAGUCACUAGAGGUUGAGUUAAUUUAUACUGUCAGACUUCAUUUUUGCAUUCUUCAGGUUUUGGCUGCCUUGCUUCUUCCUCUUGCACAGAGACAGUACUUAAUUUAAUUUUGAUUUUUCCGUGAGAAAUAUUUGAAAGGCUUUGAAUUUUUAAAAGAGAUUUUAGAUUUUUAGUGAGAUUGCAUAUUUUUAAAGAGAAACUUUAAUGUGUAUGAAUUUGUAAAGAUUGUUGGGCUUUUGUUAAAGCUAUUUAUGUUUUUAAUGCAAUAUCUUGUGAAUGAAUAAGAAAAGAAAGGUUGGGGCUUAAUAGUGCCAAGUUUGUGUGUCAAGUUGAAAAGUGGUCAAUUUCACUGGCUAGUCCUAUGUUAACUUCACAAACAAGCUACAGUUAUGAAAGAAGGAAACUCAAUUGAGAAAAAUUCAUAAGAUCUGGCUCUAAGGCAUUUUCUUAAUUAAUGAUUGAUUGGGGAGGUGUCCUGUGUUCUAUAAGAAAGCAGGCUGAGCAAGCCAUGGGGGACAAUCCAGUUAAGAGGUACACUGCACGGCCUCUGCAUCAGCUCCAAGUUCCUGCCCCAUUUAUGUUUCUGUCCUGACUUCCUUCAGUGAUAAACAGCAAUAUGGAAGUUUAGGCCAAAUAAACCCUUUCCUCCCCAUUAUGUUUUUUGGUCAUUGUGUUUCAUUGCCGAAAUUCUAACUAAGACAUCUUGUCUCAAAAAUGGAAAAUUAGGGUUGUGGACAGAUGGCCCAGCAAUUAAACACACUGGCUGUUUUUCCAGAGGACACAGUUUCAAUUCCCAGCACCAAUAGGGAAGUUCACAACUGUCUGUAUGUACUCUUCCAGGGAAAACAACACCCUCACACAGACUUAAAUCCUAACAAAACACCUAUGAAUAUAAAGUAAAAGUAAAUUAUGUUUAAAAGAAUAUGUCACAUUAUGGAACUUUCCCUACCAUAAUCUGGACUCAUCUCUACUAAAUAUUUUGUUGUCAUUUACAUUAAGAGAACUGUGUUUACAAUUACAAUAAGAAGAGAUGGUCAGAGUCUAUUCACAGAGGGAUAGAAAGCAUUCAGCCCUUCAGUGAUCAUAUAGGGAAUUUCAUCACCUCCCAGUGAUAGAAGACAGAAACAGUAAUGGCACAACUUCAUCUUCUAUAAUAUGACAUAUUGGCAUGUUGAGAAUUUGACUCAGUUGUAAAGCUGCUGUUAGGUUCCCAAUUUGGUUCCAAUCACCCACAUCAGAUGGCUCAGAACUGCUUAUAAAGCUUUGUGGAGAUCUGAUGCAUUCUUCUGCCUUCCGAGGGCAUCAGGUAUGUAAAUGGUGCAAAAACAAUUAUUUAUUUGUGUGUGAGUGAGUGUGUGUGUGACUCCAUAUUUUCAAAAGAACUUUCUUCAUGGGUAUAUUAUAUUUUCUAAAAUAAAAGUAAAAUUAAUUUAGAUUUUUUAGCAGACAUGGUCUUGGAAAGGUGUCAUUUGAGGAGAAUUCUGAAUACUUAUGUUAACACUCCAAGAAAAUGAAACAAAAAUUUUGUGACCUCAGUUUCUUCAAAUCCAGAAAUUGUUCUUGAAAUAUGUUUUUGUGCAGAUAGAUGUGAUUUGUCUCUUGGUUGCUCAUUAUUGCUUGGUGGCUUUGCUCAAUUAAAUGUUUGACCUGUCCUUUAUAUGCCUGAAUGGAAAAACAUGUUUUUGUCCCAUGUAGCUUGUUCUGUCAUUGUAUACAACUUUAACUCAGGAGAACUUCACUCAUGUAAUUUUCUUAAUCCACAGAGUAUAAAUUAUCUCAGGCAGUGAAUAAAGUUGGCUCUUGUAUGAGACUUUAAUCGUCCUUAUUUAUCAGCUCCAUUCUCCCAGUUCCCAUUACCACUACAGCCUCCUUUAUAUACAUAUCCUUCAUUUUCUGAAAUUGACCCUGAAGCAUGGAGUGAGUAAUUUAAUGAUCAAUCUAAUCUUGAAUUCUCUCCAUUUUGGUGAAUAUUUAGAAGCGCCUGUGAUAAAGUUGACUUCACUUACAAAUUCCUUCCUGACCUCAUGAGGUGUGUUUAGCAUUUCCAGUGCAACUUCAGGAAAAUCAAAAUUAUGCACUAACCAAUCCACUUAAACUCUAGAAGGAGAGAUGGCAUUGGAAUAUCUUCACAUACUAUCUAUAGAGGCAAAAAUUAGCUACAGCUAUUUCAAUCCAGACCAAAGAGGUAUUUGUGUAUCCUGUGGAUCCUUUGCUGCCUUCCAAAGUACUUAUUUACCCCACUGAAUUGUUACCCACAGAUAUUAUAGCACAAGAGGAUAAACCUUUGGAAUGGAUGGAUUUCUAAGUCAGAAAAUACAAGUUGGCCAAUGGCAGAUUUACUCAGGCCCGUAGAAAUUCCUAAAGCUUGGCCUUCAAUAGUUUUGGAUUUAAAAGAAUGUUUUUAAAGUAUAUUUAUUCAUCCUGAUAAUAUGCAUUUUGCCUUUUGUGUUCCCUCAUUCAAACAUAAAAUGCCUCUCCUCCAAUAUCAAUGGACUAUAUUGUCUCAAGACAUGACAAACCCAUUUACUAUGUGUCAGUACUACAUAAGAAAUAUGUUAGAGCCUAGAGGCAGGCCUUCCCUUAGCCUUAUAUCCUGUUGGUUUGCUCGAAAGAGGAAGAACUACAAUUUAUAUAUGAUAUGACUCAUGAUAUGCCAGGAAACAAACAAAGAAACAUAAAACAGUGGCCUUAUUAUUGAACCAAAAUGUUACAAUGAUCAGACUCUGUGCAAUAUUCAGAAAAACUAAUUACUACAACAGCUGUUAAACCAAACACAAAAAAUGUCCAUUAGACAAGACAACUGAAAAACAAUGACUUUAGAAAUUGUUAGGGGGUAUUAAUUGGCUAUGUCCUCCUUUAGGAGUACCUAAUGAUGCACUAACUAGACUAUUUGAAACUACAGAAGGCGAGGCAUCAUUGGAUAGUCCUCACAUAUUACCUCCAGAGGAAAAGUAAGAAUUAAAGGUAUUUGAAUUCAGACUAAAUGAGGCAUUUGUGGAUCCUGUGGAUCGUUGACUCCCUUUAAAUGCACUUAUUUCUCCCACUAAAUGAGUUCAUACAGGUAUUAGAGCACAAGAGGAGAAAACUUUGAAAUGAACUUAUUUACACCAUAUCAGCUUUCCUUGCCUCUCUUGCUCAAUUACUGAACUAGGGCAGGACCCAAUGUCAAAAAUUUUACAUACUUGAUUGUUGCUGUAUUAUAUAUCCCUUAAAGAACAAUCAGUAUUUAAGUGCUUUAAAGAACUGUAUGGACUUAAUCAUGUGCACAUUACUCUGGAAAGACAGGAAAUCAUUAUCCUGCUGGCAAGAGAGAGGUUUUCUCAUAUGACCUGAAUUGGUGAUUACAAAAUUGUCCAACUUCUCUCAUUCCACAGAAAAUUAUUUUAUUUAUGGCUCAUCUAAUGGAUUAGUAAGGAUUCAUAAACCAGACAUUCACCAAUCUAUUAAUACUUCUUUUUCCAGAGCUCAACAUGUAGAAUUUGCUGUUUUGAUUCAUGUAUUACAGCUAAUUUAUAAACCUGAAAAUAUUGUUUCAGAUUCUGUUUAUGUUGUAGGAAUAUUUCCAGCAUAGAAAUUGCUUUAAUAUUAUCUUCAUUGCCUGUUUUGUUUCUUAUUACUACAGGAACAGAAACAUUUGAUUAAAACUCCCAGGUGUCCUUUGUUUGUUGCUUGUUCUUCUGCAUACUCUGGCCUGCCUGUUUUUAUUUCAGAAGGAAAUAAGCUAGCUUGUAGUGGGUAGCCAUUUCAGCUUUGGUCUGGAAGUUCCAACCCCCAUUGAGGCUUCGGUAACUGUCACGCCUACAAGGCAGGGCCAAGGGAGGACCCUGAAGACCCGAGAUCCGGAUGCGCCAGCCCUCUUGGUUCCUGGACCCUGGAUGCUGGAGGUAGACCAAGCAGAGUUCUCCAGAGAACACCGCUGGACAGUGCUGCGUCUUUCCCAGACCCUGCAACCUAUCUAUCUCUUCAUUUGUAAGUUACACCACUAAAUAAAUCUCCCUUUUAACUA